AUGAAGAAUUUAAGUAUACCAAAGGAUAUGCGGUUAGGUGGUAUGGACGCUGCCUAUUUGCAAUUAGACAACCCUCGUCGAUCUAUGACGAUAACUACACUUUGGACAUUCAAACGUCCUUUAGAUUUAAAUCAAGUGUAUAAAGUUUUGGACAGAUUAUGUUUGGACAAUCCACGAUUUGCUAGAGUUCCAUGUCAUGGAGGAUUCUUUAAAACUCCAGCUUUAACGAUACCUAUUGGAUGGUAUCCGAAGGAUAAUGUUGUUGUGCAUCAUUUAAAAGAGCCUAGUGAUCAAAGAGCACUUCAAAAGUAUUGUGCAAAACAGGUUGGAACACCGUUCGAUUACAAUAAACCUCUUUGGCAGUUCCAUAUUAUUUAUGGACUCGAGAAUAAUGGUUGUGCAACAUUUUUUAAAGUGCAUCAUUCAAUUUCUGAUGGAGAAGGUCUUAUGAAGACUCUCAUGACCAUAACGUCCUGGGGAGGAGACACAAUCAAAAAAGAACGACCCACUAUCCUACAUCAUCCAAUGAAGAAAAGUCAUCUACAUUUAUCGUUUAAUUCUACUAUGGAAAGAAAGAUGCUGUUGAAGAAGACUUCGCAGUAUUAUUCAGUAGUCAAGAUGCUAACUUAUAUUUAUAUGGCCUUUUUAUACAUAUACAUAUACAGUUUUACAUUCUGUCAUGAUUUAUAUCAAGUUAUCUUAAUUUUGACACCUUACAUUGCUCGCAAGGACUUGUACUAUCAGGAGUUACAAUCACAUGAAAAGGAGGUGGCAUGGUCAGAGAAUAUUGAUAUAUCAGAUAUCAAAAUAGUUCGACAAGCAUUUGGUGGUACUUUGAAUGAUGUGAUGCUGACAGUUGUUACAAGAUGUAUCAAAAACUAUUUAGAAAGCAUUGGAAGGAGACAUGAUAAUUAUCUUAAACUCUUUAUUCCUUUAUCUUUACGUGAUCCAGAUGAUGACAGUCUUCAGAACCGAAUUGGUGGUGCUUGGGGCUUCUUUUCAAUGAAGGAUUUGGGAACACAGCAAUUAAUAAAUCAAGUUAGAAUGGAAACAUUUGCUAUUAAAUCAUCUAACUUUCCAUCUCUGUUGUAUGAAGGCAUUGAAAGAUCUAGUAGAACGGUACCUGGAUUACCACCCCCACUUUGUUUUAUUCGUCAUUUCUGUGACCUUGCACAUGGCGCCUUUACAAACAUCUCCGGUCCAACUUUUCCUAUCUCUUUUGCAGGAGAAGAGAUUCAAGAACAGCGUAUAUUUUCUCCUCAACUAGGUAAAGGUACAAUGGGCAUUGCCCUUAUUUCCUACUGUGAUAAGGUCAGCAUUGGCGCCUUGGCAGAUGUACACCGUCAUUAUCCUGGUCUUGCUGAAGGGAUCUGUCAAAGAUUUGUUGAAGAAUUUGAGUUCAUCCUGGAAGAAGCCAAGUUGGAACUUUCAAAGAAAAAAAGCUUAUGA